AUGGAAACACCAUUUAUGACAGGGGUGGUUGUGGCUGCUGCAGCUUAUGCAGGUAGAUAUGGUAUUCAGGCUUGGCAAGCAUUCAAGGCUAGACCGGCUGGGAUGCGGAAAUUUUAUGAAGGCGGUUUCCAUGCUGCCAUGAAUAGGAGGGAAGCAGCUCUCAUCCUUGGUGUUAGGACGACCACUCCAACUGAUAAGAUUAAAGAAGCACAUAGGAGAGUGAUGAUUGCAAAUCAUCCAGAUGCUGGUGGUAGCCAUUACCUAGCUUCCAAAAUCAAUGAAGCAAAAGACAUGAUGCUUGGAAAAACCAAAGGUAAUGGGAGUGCAUUUUGA